AUGCCAGGUCGAACCCUGCCGACACUUACGCCGGCACAGGUAGAAUCGCACAACACCGCAAAAUCAUGCUACAUCACGAUCGGUCGCAACGUCUACGAUGUCACAGAUUUUGUUGAGGACCAUCCAGGUGGCGGUGAUCUGAUUCUGGAGUACGCUGGCAAGGACGUGGAGGAGAUCAUGAAGGAUGAGAUCUCUCACGAACACUCGGAGGCUGCCUAUGAGAUUUUGACCGAUUAUCACGUUGGAUUUCUUGGUCCAGAGGCAACUGGAAAAUCUCUGGCAAACGUUCGUGCCGACGGCGGUGCCCCGGUGCAGCCUGUGUAUGCAAGCACGGGGAUGUCCCGGGAGGAGGACUUGUCGAUCGAUACGGACUACACCCAGGACUACAAGACAUACAAGUUCCUGGACCUGAAUAAACCGCUUUUUGCGCAGCUUUGGUACGGCAAUUUCUCCAAGGAAUUCUAUCUCGAGCAGAUCCACCGCCCACGACAUUACAAAGGUGGUGAUUCCGCUCCACUCUUUGGCAAUUUUCUCGAGCCUCUCACAAAGACCGCUUGGUAUGUGGUGCCGCUCGUCUGGCUGCCGCUCAUCUUCUACGGCACUGUGAUUGCAUCAAGGGGCCUUGGAGAUCCGAUUCCGGCCGUUGCAUACUGGGUUGGUGGGCUCUGCAUUUGGACUUUGGUCGAAUACGUCCUGCACCGCUUCCUCUUCCACCUUGAUGAGUGGCUCCCGGACAACCGGGUUGGAUUGACUCUUCAUUUCCUUCUUCAUGGUAUCCAUCAUUACCUGCCCAUGGAUCGUUAUCGUCUGGUCAUGCCUCCCACACUCUUUGUGAUUCUCGCUUUACCUUUCUGGAAGCUGGCCCAUACUGUCUUCUUCUACAACUGGUUUGCGGCUACACAAGUGUAUUGUGGUGGCAUCUUUGGUUACGUCUGCUAUGACCUGACGCACUAUUUCAUUCACCAUCGCAACCUUCCCUUGUACUACAAGGAGUUGAAGAAGUACCAUCUCGCGCACCACUACGCCGACUACGAGAAUGGAUUCGGCGUGACAAGCCGAUUCUGGGACCGAAUUUUCGGGACCGAGUUGGAUACUCCAGUGCCCAAGGCUGUCAAGGCCCAGUGA